AUGGCGUCGAUCCGUGUUUCUGGGGCGGCCCGUGCCGGGGUCGCCACGGACCCGUUCCGUGCUCUCUGGGCGGCCAGCGCGGCCUCGAGUUCGGACGCCUCCGACUUGGACAGCGCCUGCUGGAAGAGCGACAAGACCUCAGGCUUGCCUGCUUACACCACCGUGCCCGGCCAGGAGUUCCCGGCCUGGCUCUAUCCCGGCGCCUGGGCGGCGCCCGAGGCUGUCCCUGGCGCUUCGCCUGGCGAGGCGCAGCAUCUGUGGUUGUUCCACGCGAUCCCGGGCUGCCCCGCCGUGACCGGUGGGGCUUGCAGCUGCCCGCUGGGUCCGUCGGUGCCCCAGAUCGCGUGCACGGGCGCGUUCGUGGCGUUGGGCUUCCUGAUCUUCGGCCGAAAAUGUCCAUAUCCACCGCCUGCCGAGGUUUCGUUGCCGUGGGAGAGUUCGGGCGGGGCCUCGGUGCCGCGUGGGCGCCCCGCGCCCGACGCGGCCGCGCCCCGCGGUCGGCGCGCCCCCCCCCUCGGCUCGGGCGUCUGCGGGAGGCGCCUGGCAGCGCUGGCCCUGGCCGCGGCGGGGGCCGCCCUCGUGCUGGCGGUCGGCUUCCCCGCCGUGGGCGCCAGAGAGGCUGCCGUAGCGCUGGCGGAGGCGGCGCCGGCCCGGGAGCCCGCGGGCCUGGGCCCCGCCGCGGCGCGCGGCGGCUCCCCGGCCGCCGUGCUCAGGGAGGCCGUGGACGAGCUGUGGGAUCUCCUGCGCACGACGCCGUACCAGCUUGCGUUGGGCCUGGCGGUGUUCGUGUUCGGUCUUGUCAUGGUCUUCGACGGCGAUGCUGCUUUGCUGUGGAUAGUCUUGCUGGCCGUUUGCGUACUCUGCGGCGUGAUCGGCAUGUACAGGGUCGACAGAGUGUGGCAUACGUCAUCACACGGAGAGCCCUGGGGAUCCUGCGCUCCGUCAUCGGCAUCGAGAUAG